UUAAAAAAAAAUGAUGAUUAAGGUUAUCAUUUUGGGUGGUUUCAAGAAAGACCCAGAAACAGACAAGAUUUCUAUUUUCUGCUUGGAUAUAUAGCUGUAAGAAGCUGUAUGGAUAAGGGUUUGAAGUUAAAAUUGCAAUUUUUCCUAGUAAUGUAGGAACAUAGCACAUGGGGAUCCAUUGACUGGUGGGAGUGUUUUUCUACUUUUGUUUGGUCUUUAUUGUUUUGAUCUGUUUGUUUUUCUUUAUGGUUGAGUGAAUUAAUGCAUCUGCCCCCCGUGAUAUGGUGUCUAGAUUCUGUGUAUUGCUGUGAUUGAUAGCUCUCUCUCUAAAGCUUUCUUACCCCUUCAUCAUUGGGAUUGCAAAACCAAACUGGUGGAUCCGACCAGUUGUUGAAAUUAAGAUGAUGAGUGAGUCAGCAGCUUCUAGUCGGGCAGGGCUGGAAGUAUCGGUUUCGUUUGGGAAGUUUGAGAGUGAUUCUUCGCUAUCUUGGGAGAAAUGGUCUUCGUUUUCGCCAAACAAGUAUUUGGAAGAAGUCGAGAAAUGUUCAACUCCCGGAUCUGUAGCUCAGAAGAAGGCAUACUUUGAAGCCCACUACAAAAAGAUUGCUGCCCGGAAGGUGGACCAAUUGGAGGAGCCGGAGAAGCUAGUGGAGGAGGUGGAGCCUGAUAAUUCGAGACCCGAAGAAUCAUCUAAGCAGGAAGCUCCUUUUGAAGUGGUUGAAAAUGGCUUUGGCCCGUCUAAUGGUGGUGAAAGAUCCGAGGCUGAGGUUCAGCUCGAGCCUACUAUAAUUUGUCCUUUGGAUAGCGAGACUGCUAAUGAGUCAAAGGAUGCUUCUAUUGCUAUAGAUAUAGUUUGUAAUGUUGAGGAGGCGGCUAAGGAAGACUCGAUUUGUAACGAGGCUAGCCCCGAAAUAAGCAAUGGAGAUGAAAUUGUCCCCCGGGUUGAAGAGGGAGAAGAAACUUCUCGAAAGAACCUCGAAGACGAUGUCGUGAUGGUGGAACAGAAGGUGAAAGCGGAUAAUGACAGCGGGAAAUCCCCCGGGAAGAAGGACAAGAACCUCAAAGGACAUAACCGAAAGAUACAUCCAUCUAUGAAUGAUUCGACAUCUGCUGGGACAAAGAAAAAAUUGGCAUCACCUGCUUUGAAAUCUUCUAAAGUUACCCCUUCUAGAGUAUCCCCCGCACCAUCUUCCAAACUCGGGUCUCCCUCUCUGCCCCCAACGAAAAAGGCAAACGGGUCAUCGUUGCAGAAGAUCAAGAAUACUCCCGUGACAGAAAGCAAGAAACUAGCUCCUCCUAGGUCGGUUGUGUCUCCUCAAUCUUCCACGAGGAUUCAGAACGGGGGGUCAUCGUUGCAUAGGAGCAAGAAUAAUUCUCCCGUUAUCACAGAUAACAAGCGGGUAGCACGAACUUCUUUGCACAUGUCCCUCAGUUUGAGUCCCGCAAAUUCUGCUGCAUCUCAAAACAUGAUGCGAAGAUCUGUGAUUACGGAGACUGGACCAGCAAAACCCGUGGAAUCUCGUAUUGCAAUGGGAAGGUCUUUGAUUAUGGAUAGAAUGGGGGACAAGGAGAUUGUAAAGCGGGCAUUCAAGACUUUUAGAAACAGUUUCAAUGAAAUGAAAUCUUCGGGUGAUAAAAGCUAUAGUGGAUCAGGACAGAUGACAUCUAAAGGACCCGAGCAGAAGAUUUCCACUUCUCUAACUCAUAGUGGAGAGAACGGAAGAUUGGGGAAGCCAAAUCAAAGAGUAACUACUCAAAAAGGCCAAUCGGGGACAAAAUCAAGUUCUGUUUCAUCAAGGGCACCUAUGGAUGCAGGCAUAGAGAGGAGAAAAAUGAUUACGAACAAACCAUCAAUUGGCUCAACAAAUGAUGGAACCAAUGAAAUAUUAAAGAAGGAGGGUGCCAAACCUAAGAUCCAACGUCCCGUGAAAUAGGUGGAAAGAGCGUACGAAACCAAUGUACAAUAUUGCGAGUAGAGCAAGAGAGCUUGGAUCUUCAGCACACGGUAUACUUAUGGCAUAUAUGCACCUCGGGUAACACCAUUUGAUAAUAUAGCAAAAGAAGUCAGCAUAAUGUUUUCCAAACUGUAAUGCCACCUUCGAUCACGCUAUGUCGCCCCUAUCCUUUUGUGUGUAAAAAUGCGUUUGUAUGAAUUAUUGUGUGUCGUCUUUCCCCCCGCUCUUGCAUAGUGUUUGAUAUAUAGUAGGGAAUUAGGGAUGGAAAACUGCUGGAGAAAUUCCGAGUUUCACUUAGUGAGUAGAGAUGCAAUGGGUUGUAAAACCAGAGCUCAUGGAUUAAAGUUAUUGUAAGUCAUUGUUAGAUUUUGUAAUUGAUUCAAUGCAAGAGCAUGAAUAUACACUUCUGA